UUGAUGACGUAUAAUCAGCGCGACUCUAAACGUAAAGCUUACAACAGCGGCCUGUGUUUUCACUCGACCGUUGUAAUUUUUUGUCUCUUGUGGAGGAUUUCUCUCUACAGUCCAUCACCAUCAUGAAACUAGUCAGGUUUUUGAUGAAACUCAGCCAUGAGACGGUUACCAUUGAACUGAAGAAUGGCACCCAGGUCCACGGCACCAUCACAGGUGUUGAUGUGAGCAUGAACACCCACCUGAAGGCGGUGAAAAUGACCCUGAAGAACCGGGAGCCCACUCAGCUGGAGUCACUGAGUAUUCGUGGCAACAAUAUUCGCUACUUUAUCCUCCCCGACAGCCUCCCGCUGGACACCUUGCUGGUUGACAUCGAGCCAAAGGUCAAGUCCAAGAAGAGAGAAGCAGUGGCUGGACGGGGACGAGGCAGAGGACGAGGCCGCGGCAGAGGAAGGGGACGAGGUCGGGGCGGCCCGAGGAGAUGAUCACCAGGCUCUGUUUUUUGACCACCAACCCACUGUUUGUACAGGAUUUUUUUUCUCAGAAGAAACAUUUUGUGAAUUUCCAUGUUUUUUUUUGUUCUAUUUUGUUUUUCCUUAUUUUGUACAUUAAAAUCCUUUUGAAGAGGAUAAAGUGAAUCUGUGUAUUAUUGCAGAAUUUGUAACAGGGGUUGUUUUGUUAGUUAUUUACUUGGUUCCUCAAACAUUUUAUUUGCAUUACGUGGCUGAAUAAAGUACCAUUGCAUGGAG